CUGAAACUCCAUGUAUUUCGUUCAUGGGAACCCUCUUCCGGAAGGCCUCUCAAAUCGUGUCCGCCGCAGUUGAGCGUUUAGUGGCGGCAAAAUGCAGAUCUUUGUGAAGACACUAACGGGCAAGACUAUCACCCUUGAGGUGGAAGCCAGUGACACUAUCGAAAAUGUCAAGGCCAAAAUCCAAGAUAAGGAAGGCAUUCCACCAGAUCAGCAGCGUCUGAUCUUCGCCGGCAAACAGCUGGAAGAUGGACGAACCCUCUCUGACUACAACAUCCAGAAGGAAUCCACACUCCAUCUUGUGCUGCGUCUCCGUGGUGGUGCCAAAAAGCGUAAGAAGAAGAAUUACACCACUCCAAAGAAGAACAAGCAUAAGAAGAAGAAGGUCAAGCUCGCUGUUCUCAAAUACUACAAGGUUGACGAAAAUGGCAAGAUUUCCCGACUUCGCCGUGAAUGUCCUAAUGAAGACUGCGGUGCUGGUGUUUUCAUGGCAUCACACUUUGAUAGACAGUACUGUGGAAAGUGUUGUCUAACAUACGUCUACAACAAGCCCGAGGACAAGUAAAGACUGUAAAAAUAAUGUAAAUUAAUAAUAAAAAAAUGAGGAAAUCUAA